UCCUCUCUAUGCCAGUACCUCUCCGUGACGCUCCCAUACACUAACACACACACACUUUGUUACUGCACGCUACACACUUAUCCUGAGGACACACACACACUGACAAAAAGACUGUGCGGUUGUUGAGCGGGAGCGGCAUGGAAUGGAACCUCAGAAGGAUGGACAGUGAACUGAGACAGAUCAACCCAGACCUGCUGCAGCCUAGCAAGAGCAUCAAGAAGCCCUCCUCAGGCACCAUCACUCUCAACGUGGGGGGCUUUCUCUAUGCCGCACACCGCACCACCCUCAGCCGCCACCAGGGGUCAGUGUUGGAGGAGCUGGCCAGCGGCAGGAAGCCCAUCCAGCACACUGACUCCAUGGGCAACCCCUUCAUCGACCGUGACGGCCCCGUGUUCAGACACAUCCUCAACUUCCUGCGGACCGGAGACCUGCAGCUGCCCGAUGACUUCCGAGAGGUGGGCCUUCUGAGAGGAGAAGCAGAGUUCUACCGCCUCAGUGGAUUGGUGGAGGCCAUUUCAGAGUGGGAGGGGAUGCGGGCGGCGCAACGGGAGCCCGCCUUCCUGGAGGUGACUGACGAGAGGUCGCAGGGCUUCAAGGUGUACUGCAGCGACCCCUCCUUCAUCGACAAGAUCAAAGGGCGCCUGGUUCAGAUCUCAAAGAGCCGGCUGGACGGCUUCCCAGAGGAGUUUGAGGUGUCGUCCAACGUGAUCCAGUUCCGCCACUUCAUCAAGUCGGACCCUGGCUCCAGGCUGGUGCUGAAACAGGACAGUACCUUCCUGUGUACCCUGGAGUGUCUGAAGCUAGAGACGGUGAUGCUGGCCCUGAAGGCUGGCUUCUCUCUAAUCAGCUCUCUGGACAGCAGCAAGGGAUCUGUGGUGGCCGCAGAGGCUCUGCACUUUGUCAAGUAAGAGAGGGUGGGGAGAGGCAGGGAAGAGGGAAAGAUGGGGGAGAGGGAUCAGGAA